GGGGGCCCAUAUGGAGGCUCUGGGUCUAGGGUACUGUACCCCAGCUCCCUGUUUCGACUCAACUCUCCAGGAAGACAGCUGCAGCCUCCAGUGUUGCAGACAAACCCCCAAGCCACGUGGGGAAGGACCUGGACAGUCUUGCGCAGAGAGGACAGACCAUCAGUCUGGGCAAGAGGACAGGUCUGGGGAGGACUCCUUGGGAGGCAGGCAGAGAGUAGCUGCCCCGGGCAGAGGGAGCACUCUCCAAGAGCCAGAGCCCAGGGCUGUCUGCUCAGGGCAGCAGGGUCCCCUUGCACAGGCUGUGUGGCAGGACGGGGAUUCCCCGGGGGUGGGACAGUCCCUCUCAGCCUCACCUCUGGGCUGGUGCCACGAGGACCAACUAGUCAGGGAGGGGCUUUGUCCCCAGCUGGUCCUGUGAAGGUGACAGCGCCUCACACAGGGUCCUGGGCUGGGCCGGGGGAGGACCCUGCAGCCACAGAUGCCCCCCGAGCCCCACUGUGUUUGAGGCCCGGUAUCUGCCACUUUGGGGUGAGCUUCGAGGCAUCUAUAUCCUUGCUGACAUCUCCUGGCCACCCUGAAUUCUCCAGCCUCACCACCAUGCGCUGCGUCCUCAGGGAAUGUAAAUCAAUUUAAGUAUUAGUCUCAGCGAAAUGGAAUGGGGGAAGGUGACGGUGCUGGAGAAAAAAAAAAAAGAAAUCGCAUAAUGCCUUCCCAAGUCGAACAGGAAAGGCUUAGGAAUUAUCUGUGCUUCUCCGAGCUGGAAAGGGGCCCAUUUGAUCCCACAGAACAGCUCAGGCAGGUAGGCCAGGAGAGGGCCCCCAGACAUUUUGCUGAUGAGGAAACUGAGGCUCGGCUGGGGAAGGUAGCUGCUUCCUGGAAGGCCCUGAGAGAGAGCCCAGCCCUGGGGAAGUCCCAAGGCGGCUGGAAUUCUCCGUAGCUCUCAUGGACCCUGCCAAGGAUCUGUGAACCUGCUGGACACGUCCACCAUCCACGGGGACUGGGGCUGGCUCACGUAUCCGGCUCAUGGGGGCUGUGCUCUGUCUGCCGCAGUGGGACUCCAUCAACGAGGUGGACGAGUCCUUCCGGCCCAUCCACACCUACCAGGUGUGCAACGUCAUGAGCCCCAACCAGAACAACUGGCUGCGCACCAGCUGGGUGCCCCGGGACGGCGCGCGGCGCGUCUACGCGGAGAUCAAGUUCACCCUGCGUGACUGUAACAGCAUGCCCGGCGUGCUGGGCACCUGCAAGGAGACCUUCAACCUCUACUACCUGGAGUCCGACCGCGACCUGGGCGCCAGCACCCAGGAGAGCCAGUUCCGCAAGAUCGACACCAUUGCAGCCGACGAGAGCUUCACGGGCGCCGACCUGGGCGUGCGGCGCCUCAAGCUCAACACGGAGGUCCGCGGCGUGGGCCCCCUCAGCAAGCGCGGCUUCUACCUGGCCUUCCAGGACAUCGGCGCCUGCCUCGCCAUCCUGUCCCUCCGCAUCUACUACAAGAAGUGCCCCACCAUGGUGCGGAACCUGGCGGCCUUCUCGGAGGCGGUGACGGGCGCCGACUCCUCCUCGCUGGUGGAGGUGCGGGGCCAGUGCGUGAGGCACUCGGAGGAGCGGGACACGCCCAAGAUGUACUGCAGCGCCGAGGGCGAGUGGCUGGUGCCCAUUGGCAAGUGCGUGUGCAGCGCGGGCUACGAGGAGCGGCGGGAUGCCUGUGUGGCCUGCGAGCUGGGUUUCUACAAGUCGGCCCCGGGGGACCAGCUCUGCGCCCGCUGUCCGCCCCACAGCCACUCCGCAGCGCCCGCCGCCCAGACCUGCCACUGCGACCUCAGCUACUACCGUGCAGCACUGGACCCGCCGUCUGCCGCCUGCACCCGGCCACCCUCGGCGCCGGUGAACCUCAUCUCUAGCGUGAACGGCACCUCUGUCACCCUGGAGUGGGCACCUCCCCUGGACCCGGGCGGCCGCAGCGACAUCACCUACAACGCCGUGUGCCGCCGCUGCCCCUGGGCCCUGGGCCGCUGCGAGGCCUGCGGGGCCGGGACCCGCUUUGUGCCGCAGCAGGCGAGCCUGGCGCAGGCCAGCCUGCUGGUGGCCAACCUGCUGGCCCACAUGAACUACUCCUUCUGGAUCGAGGCUGUCAACGGUGUGUCCGACCUGAGCCCCGAGCCCCGCCGGGCAGCCGUGGUCAACAUCACCACGAACCAGGCAGCCCCGUCCCAGGUGGUGGUCAUCCGGCAGGAGCGGGCCGGGCAGACCAGCGUGUCGCUGCUGUGGCAGGAGCCGGAGCAGCCCAAUGGCAUCAUCCUGGAGUAUGAGAUCAAGUACUACGAGAAGGACAAGGAGAUGCAGAGCUACUCCACCCUCAAGGCCCUCACCACCAGGGCCACCGUCUCUGGACUCAAGCCAGGCACCCGCUAUGUGUUCCAGGUGCGCGCCCGCACCUCGGCGGGCUGCGGCCGCUUCAGCCAGGCCGUGGAGGUGGAGACUGGGAAGCCCCGGCCUCGCUACGACACCCGGACCAUCGUCUGGAUCUGCCUGACUCUCAUCACCGGCCUGGUCGUCCUGCUGCUGCUGCUCAUCUGCAAGAAGAGGCACUGCGGCUACAGCAAGGCCUUCCAGGACUCGGAGGAGGAGAAGAUGCACUAUCAGAACGGGGAGGCGCCUCCUCCUGUCUUCCUGCCCCUGCACCACCCCCCGGGAAAGAUUCCGGAGCCCCAGUUCUACGCGGAGCCCCACACCUAUGAGGAGCCGGGCCGGGCUGGCCGCAGUCUGACCCGAGAGAUCGAAGCCUCCAGAAUCCACAUCGAGAAAAUCAUUGGCUCUGGGGAGUCGGGAGAGGUCUGCUACGGGCGGCUGCGGGUGCCAGGCCAGCGGGACGUGCCUGUGGCCAUCAAGGCCCUGAAAGCCGGCUACACGGAGAGGCAGCGGCGUGACUUCCUGAGCGAGGCAUCCAUCAUGGGUCAGUUCGACCACCCCAACAUCAUCCGCCUGGAGGGCGUGGUCACCCGCGGCCGCCUGGCGAUGAUUGUGACCGAGUACAUGGAGAACGGCUCCCUGGACGCCUUCCUGCGGACGCACGACGGCCAGUUCACCAUCAUGCAGCUGGCCGGCAUGCUCCGAGGCGUGGGUGCCGGCAUGCGCUACCUCUCCGACCUGGGCUAUAUCCACCGCGACCUGGCCGCCCGCAACGUCCUGGUGGACGGCAACCUCGUGUGCAAGGUGUCGGACUUCGGGCUCUCGCGGGUGCUGGAGGAUGACCCCGACGCCGCGUAUACCACCACGGGGGGGAAGAUCCCCAUUCGCUGGACGGCACCCGAGGCCAUCGCCUUCCGGACCUUCUCGUCAGCCAGCGACGUGUGGAGUUUCGGGGUGGUCAUGUGGGAGGUGCUGGCCUACGGGGAGCGGCCCUACUGGAACAUGACCAACCGGGACGUCAUCAGCUCUGUGGAGGAGGGGUACCGCCUGCCCGCCCCCAUGGGCUGCCCCCGCGCCCUGCACCAGCUCAUGCUCGACUGUUGGCACAAGGACCGUGCCCAGCGGCCACGCUUCGCCCAGAUCGUCAGCGUCCUCGAUGCGCUCAUCCGCAGCCCUGAGAGUCUCAGGGCUACGGCCACGGUCAGCAGGUGCCCGCCGCCUGCCUUUGCCCGGAGCUGCUUUGACCUCCGAGGGGGCGGGGGCGGCGGGGGUCUCACCGUGGGGGACUGGCUGGACUCCAUCCGCAUGGGGCGCUACCGGGACCACUUUGCUGCAGGCGGCUACUCCUCUCUGGGCAUGGUGCUUCGGAUGAACGCUCAGGAUGUUCGGGCCCUGGGUAUCACCCUCAUGGGCCAUCAGAAGAAGAUCCUGGGCAGCAUCCAGACUAUGAGGGCCCAGCUGACCAGCACCCAGGGGCCCCGCCGGCACCUCUGACUUCUGCGCCAGCCUCGGCUCCAGUGAGGACCUGCAGGGCUGGCCAGCGGCUGGGCCGCCCCAGUCCAAGGGACCCCGCCGUGGGGCCUGGAAUGAUCAGGGUCAGGAAGCCCGGGAAGGGUCAGUUGCCCCCCAGCCCAGGGCAGAGGGACUGUUCCCCACGCCCCCCUUGCUGCUGUGUCCAGCAGGAAUACCACGCUCACGUGUGUGUGUGUAUAUGUGUGUGUGUGUGUGUGUGCGUGUGUGCGCGCGCGUGCAUGUGCCAGCAUGUGCUGUGGGCUCUCGUGGGAGGUCAUGGGAGUCUGCAAGGUCACAUGUGAUCACUCACACUUGUGUACGUGUGUGUGUGUGUGCACAUAUGUGGGCAUGUGUGUGAGUGUGUGUGUGCAUGCAUGUGUGUACCUGUGUGUGCGUGUGUGUCCCUAGUGGGCCAGCAUGGACAGAUGCGAGUCAGUGUGCCUGCUGUCCCUUGCAAGGUGGGGCCCACGUGCGGGAACAGGGACAGCCGGUCCCGAGUGCGGCUGCGCCAGAGCCUGGGAGCGGGUCUCCGUGGGCCGCCCUCAGCGCACCAGCACGAGGCACCCUCGCCGCCCCGGUGAGCCCAGCCCCGGCGCUCUCUCAGGUCUGAGCCUUCCCUCGAGCAGGUGAGGGGCCACCUGCAGCUUCUACCUGGCUCCCAUCACUGCUUCAACAGGAAAACAGGGUUCCCAGCCCACCCCUCAGGCCCCCUCUGCCUGGGCAUCACUGCAAAGUACACAACAUGCCCUCAGCUGGACUCGCCGCCUGGCCUGGGGCCAGGGGCCUCCCACACCCCUCCAGUCUCUGCCGUGCCCCCCACCCCACGCAGGGGCGCCUCACUGGGGAGUCCCAUGCCCCCCCUCACUGCCUGGCCCCGGCCUGCCCUCCCCCCAGCCCCUGCCUCGGAUUGAGGAUAGGAAGGUCCCAGCUUCUCAUUCCCAAGUCCCCCCAGGGAGGGCACAGCUGAGGCCAGAGGGUGGGCCUUGCCCAAGGUCCCGCAAUGACCAAGUUUCAGUGCUACGGGCUCCUGCCUUCUAGCCCCUGAUUCUGCCCCUCACCCCCAAGUCUCAGUGGGAUGACUGGGGAGGAGAGACUUGGGAACCCCUCCCCCGACUCCCAGAGACUGGUCCACCCCCUUACGGCCCACCAGGGUAUGUAAAUAUCUUUUUCUACCAUGUCAGAAUAUUUUUCCUCACUCCUGACAAUGCAAAAAUGGUCUUCAAAGCACAUAAAAAGCACCCAGGAUGAGAAAGCCCCAUCCCAGGGGAGAUUCGCCAGGCAGGGCCCCAGGAGCCCCACCAGGGAGGGGUGAGCCCGGCCCCCACCCCCUGCCAGCCCUUCCCGUAGCCAGCACAGCUGUUCCGCGAGCCACCAGCACUGAGCCCCCUCUUCCCCCCUGCAAUAAUUCGGGGAGUCUCAGCCCCGCCCAGGUGCCGCGGCCAGCUCUCUACACCUCUAUAUAUUAUAUUACUAUAUAGCCGAGCUGUUCUUCCUUCCUAUGGAAGUCGGAAACAUGGUCAGCACACGGGCCGGGGAGGACCCUGUCUUCCCCGCCCCUCCUCGCCCCCUUCCUGGGCCCCAGAGCCUCCUCGGCAGGGGCCACAGUGGGCCUGGCACUGGCAAAAGUGUGGCCCCUGCCCCCCCGCAUGAGGUGCCCCCUGGGGCCCCCGGGACCUGCCUCUCUGUGCUCUCCAUCCUGAGUCUUGAACUUGCCCAUAAUGAGAAUAAAU